UCCUCACUGAACUGGAGAUCUACAGCCCAGCGCGGGAUCCUGUCAGUCUCCGUGGGGAUAUAUUUUUGCACAGGCGAGACACUUCUGGAUGCUGGGAAGCGUUUUCCUCCUCGGAGCAGCUUUCCAGAAGAAAGCGUGUGUGCAUCUCUACGGUGCCCUCCUUGUCGGAGCCUGCCAGCGAGCCGCCGAACGCCCCAGCAAGCCCACAAACAAACAGAAAGCUCUCACCUAACCCUGGGGGGGAAUUGCUAAGCCUCUCUGCUCCAGAGCCAGAGGGUGCCAGGGACCGGGCGGCUCAGUGUGGGGCAGUGGCAGGGCGGCUGCGUGUCCCCCCAGGGCUCCCCCCGGGCCAAGCUGCUCUCGGCUGGCCCCUGGGCGCUGGUGACGAGCUGUUGCUCUCCCCCGGCACGGCCACAAAGGGAGCGGGGCCCGGGCCCGCCGCUCGUCAAUGUCAACGUCGGGCCACGUGACCGCAGCUCCCCGCCGCCGCCGGGAGAGCUCUCCACGUCAGCCUACGUCUCCCCAUCUCUUACUUCACGGAUCCGCUUCAAAGGGGCAGCUGCGUUACAGAAUCAUGUUAAGCUCAGCUAAUGCGGAGAAGCCGAGGUAGCCCUAAUGAUGGAUUUUGAUGAGCGUGUUCCUUGUUCCUCUAACAUGUAUUUGCCAAGUUGUACUUACUACGUCUCGGGUCCUGAUUUUUCCAGCCUCCCUUCUUUUUUGCCCCAAACCCCGUCUUCUCGCCCUAUGACAUACUCCUACUCCUCCAACCUACCCCAGGUCCAACCUGUGAGAGAAGUUACCUUCAGGGAAUAUGCCAUUGAUCCCUCCAGUAAAUGGCACCCCAGGAACAAUCUGCCCCACUGCUACUCCGCAGAGGAGAUCAUGCACAGAGACUGCCUGCCUGCCACCAACACUGCUAGCAUGGGCGAGAUGUUCGGCAAAAACACAGCUAACGUCUACCACCCCAGCACCAACGUCUCCUCCAAUUUCUAUAGCACGGUGGGCAGGAACGGGGUCCUGCAGGCUUUCGACCAAUUUUUCGAGACGGCUUAUGGCAGCGAAAAUCUGGCCUCGGCGGACUACCCGGUAGACAAGAGUGGCGAGAAGCGCCGCGGCGCCGGGGCGGCGGCGGCGGCAACUUCAAGUUGCGAGGGCGGCUGCGGCGGGCGCGGCGCGGCGGCGGAGAAGGAGAGGAGGAGGCGGCCGGAGAGCAGCAGCAGCCCCGAGUCAUCUUCCGGCAACAAUGAGGAGAAAUCCGGCAGUUCCAGUGGACAACGUACGCGUAAAAAGAGAUGCCCGUACACCAAAUACCAGAUUAGAGAGUUAGAAAGGGAAUUCUUCUUCAGUGUCUACAUAAACAAAGAGAAACGCCUCCAGCUCUCCGUCCUGCCGCGGGGCCCCGGCGGGCGGGCGGGCGGACGGACGGACGGACAGACGGCGGCCGCAGUUUAG